AUGGCGUGCCCUCACAUUGCACCGGCUUACAUCUCCAAGCCAUCUAUUUCCGACUCUGUGUACCGUGAAGACUGCACGCUAUGCUUCGACUCCAUUGACGAUCCGGCUGGGCUUGAUGUCUGUCUCAAGUGCUUCAAUGGCGGCUGCGCCGGCGACCGCCAACAUGCGAAGCUGCACAGCGUUGCCAGACAACACCCUCUCGUUCUCAACAUUCGGCGUAGCCGUAAGAGGAUCGAAAGGGAUGAGCCGCCGCUGAAGAAGUUAGCCAUUGCUGCCGAGACCGAAGCCGACCGCUAUGAGACCACCCUCACUGUCAAGUGUCUUGAGUGCGGUAUCGCUAAUCUCGACAAAUCAAAUCCCACAAUCGCUGAGGCAGUGGACGGCGUCAUGGCUGCCAACACAUUUUCGAGGAAGGAGGAGAUUAAGGCUUGGGAGCUGGAGCUUACGACUUGCGAACACAUUAUCACCCUCCAGCAGGGCGAGCCUCGUCAGAUCGAGUCGCAGGACCUUGGCCACUGCUCCAAGUGUGACCUGAAGGAGAACUUGUGGCUUUGCCUGGAAUGCGGGAAUCUUGGCUGCGGUCGGGCACAGUUCGGUGGUGUUGGCGGCAAUUCCCAUGCGCUGGCGCACUCCGAAGAGUUUGGUCAUGGUGUGGCUGUUAAACUCGGUUCUAUCACUCCUGAAGGCAGCGCCGAUGUGUACUGCUACAAGUGCGAUGAAGAGAGAAUCGACAAUGAUCUAGCUACACACCUUGCCAACUGGGGAAUCGUCUUGUCGGAGAGGAAAAAGACUGAGAAGAGCUUGACGGAGCUACAGAUCGAGCAAAACCUUCGCUGGGAGUUUUCCAUGACAACCGAGGACGGCAAGGAACUCUCCCCGCUCUUCGGCCCCGGACUGACCGGCCUCAAGAAUCUCGGCAAUAGCUGCUAUCUUGCCAGUAUUCUACAAUGUCUGUUUGACAUGCCUUCUUUCCAAGCACGUUAUGGUACUGGCGUCGAGUCUCUUCCGGAUGUGCCUGAUCCCGCCCAAGACCUCGAAACGCAGCUUCGAAAGAUUGCAGAUGGCCUCCUAUCCGGCCGCUACUCGAAGCCUGAUUCAGAUGUCAUCGUAUCGGAACACAGUCCCGAGGUUCCGUACCAGAAAGGCUUGCAACCGUCCAUGCUCAAGCACCUCAUUGGCCGCGGCCAUCCUGAAUUCUCGACAAUGCGCCAACAAGACGCCUUCGAGUUGUUGCAGCAUCUCAUCAAGCUUAUUACCAGAUCAAAGCACCCUUCAGGUCAUACCGACCCAACACAAGCUAUGCGCUUUGUCACAGAACAGCGUUUGCAGUGCCUUGGAUGCAAGAAGGUUCGCUACAGCACGACAGAGCAGGACAGCAUAUUGAUCGACGUUCCGCUCAAGUUAUCCGCCGCGGAUGGCGAGGUACCCAAAUACAAGCCCGUCACGUUCAAGCAGUGUCUUGACAAUUUCACUGCACCAGAGGUGGUUGAAUUGACAUGCACAACGUGUGGGAGUAAGGACGGGUUCACAAAGCGACAACUGUUCAAGACCUUCCCCGAGACACUGGUGGUCAAUACUCGCAAGAUGGCUGUGAUCAACUGGGUACCCAUCAAGGUGGAUGUCCCCGUGAUUGUGGAUGACGAGCCGUUCACGCUGGACGAGUACCUCUCCCCUGGUCAACAGCCGGGCGAGGAGCUUCUCCCAGAGGAAGCUGCUCCUGCGAGCAAUGUCCCCGCGUUUGUCCCAAACCAGGAGGCUUUGGCCAUGCUUGAAGGCAUGGGCUUCCCCAGAGUGCGUUGUGAGAAGGCCCUGCAUGCCACAGGAAAUGGUGACCCCAACGCGGCGAUGGAGUGGCUGUUCCAGCACAUGGAUGAUCCUGAUCUCGAUGUUCCUGCUGACUUCGGCAAUGCAGCUCCCGCCACAGUUGAUCCAGAAAACCUUGCCAUUCUCGAGUCCAUGGGCUUCGGCGGUCCUCGCGCCGCGAGAGCUUUGAAGGAAACUGGUGGCAACGUUGAGCGGGCUAUUGACUGGCUGUUCAACCAUCCUGACGAUCAGGGUGAUGCCGAAGAGAACGCAGGCGCAAGUGGUAGCGACAAGCAAGGCCCGCUCGCGGGAAGCGCUCACCUUCCCGCACGGUUCCAGUUGCAGUCAAUUGUUUGUCACAAGGGUACGAGCAUUCAUACGGGCCAUUACGUUGCCUUCAUCCGCAAAAAGCUGAACGACGAGACCGCGUGGGUACUGUUCAAUGACGAAAAGGUGGUCAAGGCUACAGAUAUGGAUGAGAUGAAACAAUCCGCCUACAUAUACUUCUUCCGACGCGUCUAG